AUGGCAGGUUUCGUUCUAAUUGUGUUAGCUGGCUUGACAUGCGCAGUGCUUUGCAAACCAGUUGAGGAUACCGAGAAAGCUAAUAAAAAAUCUUUUUUAUUCACAGGUACUUUUAAUGAAGCUCUUCCGAAUCACCACGACAUUGAAAGACGAUUUAUCAACCCUCUGUUUAACUUGGGAGGCUCAUAUAAUUUAGGUAAUCCAAAAUUAAGGACCAGACGAAGUGAAGUCGAAUGCGAGAAGCUUGCACUGUGUAAACUACACGCGAGAUCCAGACAAAACUUCUUUGCAGCUUAUGAAUUAUAUUUCAUAAAUAAGGAAAACGCGCGCUACUGGGACCACCGGGCGAGGACCGCGGCGGAAUGCGAACAGCGCUACGGAGACUGCGACGCGCUGUGACGUCACGCGACUCUAUGUAGCGAUUGUUGCGGGACGAGCUCACUGUCUCACCACCAGCCUGUAGUGCCCGGGGACAUCAACAAGCCCCGGCAAUACCGGGCGGCGUAGCUCGUA